UUCGUCCACACUAGUUCGGAUCAUUAAGCAAUAAGCACCAAGAAAUUUUUUUAUCUUUUUCAUAUUUAUAUGCAUCGAAAAUUUCAGCUUGAUGCAUUAGCUCUGGCUAAAAUAAUAAUAAUAAUAAAGAACAGAUUAAUCGUUUUGACAUUCUUAUAGUUAUUCCCCUUUCCUCUGGAUCUUUGAUGCUGACCCUGGGAACCCUGGCCAAACGAAGCAUUGGUGUUGGGAAAUUGAAUUUCUGGGUUAGUUCUUCCCGGUCCAAAGAGGGGAUAGUCUCCUUUUUCUCUGACAGGUGACACAAGACUGCUGUUGUUCUGAAUUUGUCUUGCUAAGUCGGAUUGCGCUCUUGCCUACUUGGACACAUAAGAAAGGCUGUCCCCCUGUAUCCCUCUGCUGCCUGACGUACACAAUUUAAGAACCACUAUAUGCUGAACAGCCUCAUAAAAAUUUUUCUGCAUGUGGGGCCUCCUUCCUAGCACCACGUCUUUCAUCCAUGGGGGAGUGGAUCGUCGGGGCUUUUAUCAACCUUUGUGGAAGCAUUGCUAUAAACUUUGGAACAAAUCUUCUUAAAUUAGGGCAUGAUGAGAGAGAAAAACAUUCAGGAGUUGGAAGCGAUGGGGCUAAUGGAAGGCUGCCCCUGAAGCCUAUAAUGUAUUUCCAGACUUGGAGAGUUGGUAUUGUCUUUUUCAUUCUUGGAAAUUGCCUAAAUUUCAUCUCCUUUGGGUAUGCUGCUCAGUCACUUCUUGCAGCCCUGGGAUCUGUUCAGUUUGUAUCUAACAUAGCAUUUGCGUAUUUUGUCUUGAAAAAAGUGGUCUCUGUCAAGGUACUCAUUGCCACGGCCUUCAUAGUUCUUGGAAACAUCUUUCUAGUAGCAUUUGGCAAUCACCAAUCACCCGUGUAUACGCCUGAGCAGUUGGCUGAAAAAUACACCAAUGUUGCAUUCCUUAUGUAUCUCGUAAUUUUGAUCUUAGUUGUGGCCUUGCAUCACGCCAUUUACAGGAGAGGAGGCCUUUUGCUUGCCUUGGCUGGACAAGACCUCAGGCCCUAUUGGCGCCUUCUUCUCCCAUUUUCUUAUGCAGUAGUUUCAGGUGCUAUAGGUUCAUGCUCAGUGUUAUUUGCCAAAUCUCUUUCUAACCUCCUACGAUUAGCCAUGUCCAGUGGUUAUCCGUUGCACAGCUGGUUUACGUAUUCCAUGCUUCUUCUUUUCCUUAGCACGGCUGGGUUUUGGAUGACAAGGUUGAAUGAAGGGCUUUCCUUGUUCGAUGCAAUUCUUAUUGUUCCCAUGUUUCAGAUAGCCUGGACAUUCUUCUCCAUCUUUACAGGAUUUGUAUAUUUUCAAGAAUAUCAGGUAUUUGAUGCAUUGAGGACAACAAUGUUUAUACUUGGAAUGAUGUGCGUGUUCAUCGGCAUCUGUUUGCUGGCACCUGAUGAUUCCAGAGGCGCUGAGGUUAAAGAUAGCUCUUUGGAGUCCAAGGUGUCCUCUGGCAUUUCAACGGAAGUGAACAGGCCACAAGCCUCAUCUGAAGAGGCAAUGUACAAAGACACGAAAUCAUUUGUAAAAAGAAUGCUACUGAAGAUUACUGGCGUGCUAGUGAAAGCAAAGACUGCCUGUAGUGCAUCUGUAGGUUUUGGGGAGGACAGCAUUCAUGCAUCUUCUGUUCUUGUGAUGCCUAUGAUGUCGUCAAGAAUGACUGGAUUUAGAGGCAGUGGGCCUGAGCGGUCUAAGAUUUUGUCCAUGAGAAAUUCUGGUUGGAGUAACGUCCCCACGGACGAAGAUGCUGCCACACUGCUGGAAUCUAGUUCCAGUCUCCCUACGACCCCUUGAUAUAAAAUUGUAGUUAUACAGCCUAUAGGUUUGGGAUUCUCUUUUCCCCUUGUGUUCUCGUUCUUUUUUUAUUGAUUGGAGGCCUUGAGAUACAAAACUAUGAAAAUUCAGUUCAUGGCCCUGAUAGGCUUAUGUGUAAAGUCCCAAAAAAUAGGAAAAAACCAUACGUUGUACAUUGUAAAUUCUUGUUCUGCAUAAGUGAAAAGGGAAGGUCUCUAUUUAGAAAUGA